UUAUGGGUCAAGUUACAUGCCGGAUUUUCCACUACUCAAUAAAGCCCAUCCGACGUUUCAAAUACUAAACAUUCAAAACUCCUAGCUACUAAACGAACACCAAUUUUCUUUGCGGCUUGAGUAAAAGAUUAAAAAUAAAAACCAUACCAUUAAACCUAAGGCUUUUUUUUUUUUUUUUUUUUAAAAAAAUAAAAUAAAAUAAAAAUGCUUGAAAUAAUUUUUGAGACUUCCCACGACCAAGAUUACAUCAAACAAACCAGAAAACAAAGAUCAUGGGAUUCAAAUAAAAUACUCCAUGUUGAACUGCAUCUUUCAUUAAAAUCCUGAAAGUACAUACGAGAACAUGCAAUAAAUGGCACUCACUUCACUCCUCACAAUGCUUUUAAUAAUGUCAUAAAACAUCAGAAAUUCCAAAUUCUACUUCAUUUUUCUGAUUUGUCCAAUUAAUUAAACAACCUAUUAUAAGACUAAGACAUCAUCAUCAACAUAUCAUGAACUCACACUUACACAUACAUGAAUAUCAUUAUUAACAGUAGACACUAUCAUUAACUUUUAAUUUCUCUCAGAAGAAUUAAAAAUAAAUAAAUAAAUAAAUAAAUUAUGGGGUAUAAUAUUUAUAAGUAUUUAAUUACACUUGGAAUUAUUUGCACUCACUUUUCUGAAACUGCAAUGAUUACUAUUGAAAAAUGCACCCUAACUCAAACCACCUUUAAUUUAUUUUUAUUUUUUUAAAAAUAGAACACAUUACUGAGUUUCUUGAAUAUGGUAAAAAAAAAAAAAAAAAAAAAAAAAGUGCUAGAAUCAACAUGUAAAUUGGUAAAGUAGUUGUUUCAUUUUAAUCAAAGGUCCUCUUACAUUAAAUCAUACUCCGUGAAAAGAAAACAAUUAUUUAUGGGAGGGAUUUUUUCCUGAUUGAAACCUAACUCAACUUAAAUUCAGAUUAGUCGAAAUCACUUUAAUUUAACGGGUGACUUGCUAUUUAAAAAUAAAAAAGCUUUUUAAAAGACAUUCAUUCAUUCAUUUUCUCUCUCUUUCUUCAAAUCAAACUUCUCCAUAACUUUUCACCCAAGCAAUAUAUAUCCAGUCUUUCUACAAACCUCUUUUGUCCCUUCCUUUUUUCUACAACUCUCUCUCUCUCUAGCAUAAACUCCCAACAUACUUCUCUCUAAAAUAAACCCUCUAUUCCAAACAAAAAAUAAACUACAAAUAAUUGUUGAAAUUCUUCCAAAUUUAUUUCAAAACAUUCAUAAAAUGGAACAACAGCAGCAGCAAGAUGAGAUGAACAUGAGCUUAAACAGUGGAAAAAUGAGUAAUAAUAACACUACAAAUACAAGCAACAACUACCUUUGUAGACAAAGCAGUACAAGAUGGACACCAACAACAGAGCAAAUAAAGCUUCUUAAAGAGCUUUACUACAUCAACGGAGUUCGGUCUCCGACUGCUGAUCAGAUUCAGAGCAUUUGUGCUCGGCUAAGGCGGUAUGGCAAGAUCGAAGGCAAGAACGUCUUCUACUGGUUUCAAAAUCAUAAGGCUAGGGAGAGACAGAAGAAGAGGCUUACUCCUACCUCCCCUACUACUAAUAACGCUAUUAAUAAUACUAUUACUACUAAUAAUAGUAAUAAUGUUGGUAGAAAUAAUAAUUUCGUCAGAAAUGGUGGUCUUACUUGGAUACAAGAUCAUCAGGAUAUCACUCUUCAUGCUAAUAAGUACCCUUGCACCAUUAAUAAUCCUGGGGUUUCGUGUUCGAGUUCAUCAAAUGGACAUGUGAUUCCUGGUGGAGGACAGUUGAUGGGGGGUUUUGGGUAUGGAGCUGUUAACAUGGAGAAUAAGUUUAGGGACUGUUCAAUAUCAGGAGGUAUGUUUAAUGGAGGAAAUCAUGUGAACCAGUGGACUGCAGUUGGAGCUAAUUACAGUCCAUAUGCACCAGCAUCUUACGCAAAUUUACUGGACAAGAUAUCAACCAUCGACGAAGAUCCUUACACCAUUGACCAAGAUCAUUAUGGGACAGACACACCAGAGAUAGAGACCCUUCCUCUCUUCCCUAUGCACAAUGAAGAGCUUGAUCACGAUCACGACCACGACCACGACCACGGCUUCUACACCAUUAAGCCUCCAUCAGACGGGUAUUACACCGGUGGAUACCGAUGGUCUAAUGGUAGCGGUGGCAAUACCUCCCUUGAGCUUAGCCUCAAUUCCUACGGCUAUGGUUAUUAUUCACCAAAUAUCUAAUUAGUAUUAUGACUCUUAAGAAGUGUUAUUGUACGUCAUUGACUGUCUAAUCUUAAUUAGUUAUUAUUGUAAGUUUUAGUUAGUUAAUUAGUUAGUCUGAUGCUAACCAUCAUAGUCACUAUAUCAUUGUCAUAUAUUAGUAAGCUAAGAGUAGUUUAGCAAGGUAGUGGUCUUUAAUUAUGAGGGUGUACGUUUUCCUUGUAAUGUUACCCUUUCAAACAAGACCCUAAUAUUCUUAUAACUUAUGAUUAAGCGCGCUGUCGCGUAAUUAGGAUGUACUUAAAUUUUUAAUCAUAAUCCAAGUGAGUAUAUUAUUUAGCUAUGAUCUUAUGCUAAUCUAAUUUACUACCUCGCAUAUAAUAAUUAUCGGAGUUAGUAUGUUAAUAUACGGAGUAGUAAAAAAAAAAAAAAAGGACAUUAGGAAUAAGAGAGUGAUGGGUCUGUGUAUGUGAGUGUCUCUUUCUCUUGGUAUCUGACUAAAACAGUGCAACAAGAAGUACACAUGACCUGUUGUUAAGUCUGUUUCGGAACCUCAAAGCCUACACAACAAGACUAGCCCUACAAAUCCUUUCUGCCUCAACAAUCAAAUAAAUAAAACAAAAACA